GGCACAGAUUGGGAAGAGUUCCUGAGCCAGGAAUGAGAAAUCACACAGCAAUAACUACAUUCAUCCUCCUGGGGUUAACAGAUGACCCAAAACUGAAGAUUCUGACUUUUAUAUUUCUAUUUAUCACCUACAUGUUGAGCAUAAUUGGAAACCUGACCAUCAUCCUCCUCAUUUUAGUGGAUUCCCACCUUAAAACUGCAAUGUAUUAUUUUCUCCAGAAUUUUUCCUUCUUAGAAGUCUUAUUUACUUCUGCCUGCAUUCCUAGAUACUUGUACUGUCUAUCAACAGGCGACAGGACCAUUACUUAUAAUGCUUGUAUAUGCCAACUAUUUUCCAUAAACUUGUUUGGAGUAACAGAAUUUUUUCUCCUGACCACUAUGUCCUAUGAUUGGUACGUGGCCAUCUGCAAACCCCUGUACUAUGUGACCAUCAUGAACCACAGGGUCUGCAAAAUGCUUGUCUUUUGCUCUUGGAUGGUGACUUUGUUGUUGAUAUCACCAGUAUUUAUUUUGUUACUGGGCCUGGAAUUCUGCAACUCCAAUGCCAUUGACCACUUUGGCUGCGAUGCUAAUCCUCUGAUGAAGAUCGCAUGCUCAGAUACUUGGCUCAUGGAACAGAUGGUCAUUGUCUGCUCAGUGUUGAUCUUCAUCAUCACUCUCGCGUGUGUGGUUUUGUCCUACGUUUAUAUCAUCAGAACAAUUCUAAGGUUCCCAUCAGCCCAGCAAAGGAAGAAGGCAUUUUCCACCUGCUCUUCCCACAUGAUUGUGCUUUCCAUAUCCUACGGCAGCUGUAUCUUCAUCUAUAUGAAACUUUCAUCAGAAGAUGACAUGACCAUGAAUAAGGGAAUGUCAGUAUUAAAUACUUCCAUUUCUCCCAUGUUAAACCCAUUUAUUUACACUCUGAGGAACAAACAAGUGAAACAAGCUUUUAAUGACUUAGUAAAACAAUUAUACUCUUCUCAAGGAACUAGAAGUAUAUUUAAAUAG